AUGGGCCCUGCUGUGCAUGCUUUCCUGCUAUCCCUUCUGCUAGGGAUCUCAGUGUGUGGACGACCUACAUACACAAGCCGCAUUGUGGGUGGCCAGGAUGCUGUUAAGGGACACUGGCCUUGGCAGGUCAGCCUGCGCAUGGGCCAGACCCACAUCUGUGGAGGUUCCCUCAUCACUGAGCAGUGGAUACUGACAGCAGCACACUGCUUAACAACGACCUGGACUAUUUUUACAUACACUGUGUGGCUGGGAUCAAUUUAUGCAGACUAUUCCAGUGAAGGCUUGCAGUACUAUGUGUCCAAAGUCAUCAUCCACCCCAACUUCCACGAAACAACUGCAGACAUCGCGUUGCUGAAACUGUACUCCCCAGUCCCCUUCACAUCUGUCACCCUGCCCAUCUGCUUGCCCACCAUCAAAGAGCAUUUGACAAUUCCAGCCUCUUGUUGGGUGACUGGAUGGGGGGAAACAAAGAAAAUGAAAGGUACUGAUUUCUAUUCCACUCUCCAGGCAGCAGAAGUGCCCGUUAUUAACCACAAGGCUUGUGACCGACUUUACAACCCAGUCGGUAUCUACCUUCCAGGAUCGGAGCCAGUCAUCAAAGAAGACAUGAUUUGUGCCGGUAAUACCAACAGUAUGAAGGACAGUUGCAAGGGUGAUUCUGGAGGGCCUCUGUCAUGUCUCAUUGACAAUGUGUGGAUCCAGAUAGGACUGGUGAGCUGGGGAAUAGGCUGUGGUCAAACUCUUCCUGGAGUCUACACUAGUGUGAUCUACUACCAAAAAUGGAUUAAUGCCACCAUCUCAAGAGCUGAGGUUUUACAUCCCAAGAAUCUGAACUUAUCUGACUUCCUACUCCCAACUGUACUGCUCUCUCUGCCUCUCCUGGGACCCUCCUGGACCUAA